AUGGCGGGGAAGCUGGGACAGCUGCUGACGAGGCUGCACCUGGCGAGGAGCCGGGCGUCGGCGCCGUCGGCGGCGGCGGACGUGCCGCGGGGCCACCUGGCGGUGUACGUCGGCGAGGGGCGGAAGCGGCUGGUGGUCCCGACGGCGUGCCUGAGCCAUCCGGCGUUCGUGACGCUGCUGAAGCGGGUGGAGGACGAGUUCGGCUUCGACCACCGCUGCGGCGGCCUCACCCUCCCCUGCGCCUCCGAGGGCGAGUUCGCCGACAUCGUCGGCGGCGUGGACGGGCGCCACUGACGACGACGAUCGCCGGCUUCUAGGACAGUUUUGUUUUUCUUUUGUUUCGGCUGAUGAUUAUUGAUUCUUCUUGGGAUGAAGUAAGAUCAAUGCACAAGCGAUUGGGUCUGCUUUGGACCCUGUAAAGAUCAUGCAUGCUACCCACACCA